CGUUACCUCCGUCUCUCUCUCUUUUCCUUUCUCUUUCCGAGCAACCAACAACAAUAUGGCGAGGCAGAGCUUGGAAAAUGGGAGGGUGGCGGUGACCGGUGGCCUUCAUCUUCUCUCCUUUCCUCACCGGCAGAGCAGAGCGGCGUAGUGUUCUCCUAGGCAGCUUCGGUCACCAGCUUGACGGCAACGAUGACAUGGACCCGGCGAGCAACAACGAUUCCAGCAGCCGUUUCCCCUUCGAGCAUGGCAGUGCAGCAAGUUCGGCGUUCAUCUCCUUCCAACAGCGAUGGGUAGCGGCGAAGCAGUGGCGUCCCUCCUCGGCGGGCAUGAGAUGCACGCUGCUUGGUCCCAUAGGGCAUGCGACGGGAGACCUCGCUGGAGUCGGCAACACCGUGAGCCAGUGCGAAGGCAGCUCUCUAUCUCCCUCUUCCCUUGCUUUCCGGCGAGCUGGGUUCUCCAGCAGUAUGAGGGAGCUUCCCGACGGUGGCCAUGGUGGACGCUCAACGUGGCAGUGGCGAACCGCGGUGACGACGAAAUCGGAGCUCCGACAGUGUGGGCUGAGCGUUGGCGGCUGGUGGUUUUGGAAGUGUGGCGUCGGCUGGUUCGACUUUGGCAGAACAAAGAAGAAGAAGCUUAUGAUAGACUACUAUUGCAAAUGCUGAGAAAACCUACUAUCUCAUCUCUUGUGUUUGGCUUUACGGAUGCAACUCACGAGUAGGUGCUACCCGUGAGGCACACCCGCAUGUGUGUUUGGGGGAGGGAUUGGCGGGUGGUUGGUAACCGCCAGUCACCCUCGUGAACCUCACGGUAGGCUAUGGCGGGUACUUCCCACCCGUCAACCACUCCCGUGAGUUACUGUGCAAGUCCCUUCCAGUGCAUUUUCCUUUGGUGCAUUGCUGGUCAUCUUUUGGUGCAUCGUUGAGUAAUUUCAGUACAUUGUGUAUCCUUGACCCCGAUUAUUGAUCAUUAUUCCAUCUUGAAUCCUAGCCCUUGAACAUUGAGUUGCUUUGUAAGACUUGAGUUGGUAUGGGAGAGCUUCGGCUCCGCUUUGUUUGGCAGAAUUGGAGAGCUUCGACUCCACUUUGUUUGGCGGCGUGAGCUUAGGCUCCACUUAGUGGAUAAGGUUGGACUGGCGUACAACUUGGCUCGGUGUAAAGGUUGGAUUGGAGUAAAGGUUGGAUAUUGUAUUAUUAUAUUGAAUUUGGUAUUUGAUAUAUGUAUUCCUUUGGAUAUGU